AGAAAUCAGAGUCUAUUUAAAGAGAAGUAGCCCCGGAUCCUGCAGCCGUGUGACUCCCGGCUUUGCGCCCCUCUCCCAGCUGCGCCAAAUCCAGCCUGCCUGUGCACCACCACGGCUCCCGACGGCGGUGAGGAUGCGGACUUCUCUGGUCGUGUGCUGCUGCGUCUUUGCACUGCAAUGCACGCUUUGUCUUCCAGUGCGGGGAUCCAACAGGUACAAAGUGGCACCGGUGUCUGAAAAGUUCCCGGACCUGAAGAAGAGAGGGAAGGUUUCUCACGCUCAGGACUUCGUCAAGGAGACGAGUUUGCAGACCAACACCUCUAACACGUGGAACCGACCUCGCUGUGGCGUACCGGACUACCCCGCCCACAAGGACUUGCAUUAUCGGGGGCGCCAGAGACGCUUCGUCCUGUACGGAGGACGUUUGGAGAAGACGGACCUCACCUACAGGAUCGUCCGGUUUCCCUGGCAGAUAGGUGAGGAAAAGGUUCGACGUGUCUUUCGGGAAGCGCUGAAAAUCUGGAGCGACGUCACCCCACUCACCUUCACUGAGACCCACAGUGGGAAGGCCGACAUCCGCAUUGACUUCACAAGGUACUGGCAUGGAGACAACCUUCCCUUCGACGGCCCGGGUGGGAUCCUCGCUCACGCCUUCUUCCCUAAAACCCACCGACAGGGCGACAUUCACUUUGACUACGACGAGUCAUGGACCCUCGGAAACCACAUGGGCACAGACCUUCUUCAGGUUGCUGCCCAUGAGUUCGGGCAUGUCCUGGGCCUGCAGCACUCCCGCGAGCCGGGAGCCAUCAUGUCCGCAUACUACUCCUUCUCCUACCCGCUGAGGCUGAGCGAGGAUGACAAGCGAGGCAUCCAGUACCUGUACGGAGCUCAUCCGCAAGUCCUGCCCUCACCACCACCCUCGCCUCCACCUCCAUCAAACCCGGAGACCAACGAGAUCGUCACAAAUCCCGACGCGUGCCAGACAGACUUUGAUGCCGUGUCUAUGAUCCGAGGGGAGCUGUUCUUCUUUAAGUCGGGCUACGUUUGGCGGAUCAGGGACGGGCAUAUGCAGAGCGGUUACCCAGCGCUGGCGUCCCGUCACUGGAGGGGGAUUCCCGACAACAUCGACACCGCCUUUGAAGACAAGUCAGGGAAUAUUUGGUUCUUUCAAGGUGAGAACUACUGGGUGUUCGAUGCUGAGAUGCAGAUCAGAGGGCCGGAGUCCAUCAGGAGUUUGGGUCUGUCGGUGUCCGGGGUCCAGGCGGCGCUGCGCUGGGGCCACGACUCCAACUACGACACCUACUUCUUCAAGUCAGGCAGCUACUGGAGGUUCAGCCCACGUGACAACAGGGUGGAGUCCGUCUACCCGCGCAGCAUGCAGGACUGGAGCGGAAUCCCCAACGAUGUGGACGCCGCCUUCAGGGACAUCUACGGCUACGCUCACUUUGUCCGAGGUCGACAGUACUGGAAAUUCGAUCCCGUUGGCAUGAACUCUUUGGAGGGCUAUCCCCGCUACAUCGGCAUGGACUUUUUCGGCUGCAGAAACGUUUGAGUCUUUAACUGUGGAGAAUCAAAUGAACACAUUUUUGACUAUGAAGAGGAGUUCUUGGAGCAGAGACGUUUGUAUGCUCACCCUGCGGAUUCAAGAGAGAUGAGUCUCCUUUAAAUCUGUUUAUGCGUUACUCCAUUUAUUGAAUUACAUCUCAGGAAAACCAAGUUAUGAUUCCUCAGACUUGGCACCUCCUGUGCAGCUAUACUCAUAAUAAUUUUUGCACAUUUUUGUCACCAUAAGGCUGAGAUCUGGGCCUUGUAUUAACGACGUGUGAUGCUGCAUCGUUCUCACUUCCUGUCUUUGAGCCUGACAUUGAGACUGAUUUUGGUUUGCAGACAGAACCAGCACAGACUGUAGAGGAUGUUUUCCAUUUCAAUCGUUGGUUUUUUUUCCUCACCGACUGACUGCUUCAAGUGUUUGAAGAGUGACAUCAAACUUACAGGUGCAGAAGGCAGU